AUGUCCGGUGGCUUCAUCCCGCCAUCUCCCUCAGCUGCGUCAUCCAUCACUCUGCGUGAUGGCACACCAGCACCGGCGCCAUUGCAUACAGCGCUCUCAGCAGCGCAAGAACGACGGCUUAUUGGAUAUCUCGACGACCACUUCUUGAGCAUCAACAGAGCUUAUAAGAAACGACACGAGCCAGACGCUCCCUUGCCGUCUCUCUUGAGCUACAUCAGCGCCUUCCGCCCUCUGCUCGCUCUCAUCCUCCAGAUCCCACCACUCGAUCCCUCCGCGGCGCUACGCGUCUCUUACCUCCUCCGUCUAACAGGAGACUUCACAGAUACUCUUCCAGGGUACGGAGUGCCGCUUUCCACCGCAGGCGAUACGCUGGACGAGCUGGUCUCAUUCCUCACUCACUUGGACAAAGGAUGGCAGGCCGUGCUCAGCUCUGAGCGCUGGGACCCGGCGUCACAUACCGGGGUACCAAUGACAGGGGGAGAGAGCGGCGCUCUGAGCAGGCCCGUGAGCGCGACGGACAAGAUCCGGUUGAGGAGUAUCCUCCAAAGUGGGCGGGAGAGGAUCGAACAGUGGGCGAGGGGGGUGGUGCACGUCGAUCCGGGGACGGAGGUGGACGUCGCGAGCAGUUUUUGGAGGACGCUAGCUGCCCUCGGGGAUGUACCUUUACCUGAGAGAGGAGGAGAUAUGGAGGAUGAAGACGCGAAGGAGCUGUUAGAAGUGGUCAUGGUGUGUUACAGUCUCAUUGCAGUGCAAGUGCUGAUGAUAACAGGAGGAAGAGCCAGAAUUAGAGAUGUGACCCGUAACGGCUCACCACGAAUCCUCCCACCGCUGCUGAAGGGGAAUCUGCUCCCCGUCCGGCCCAAGCAUGACAACGCGUCCCUCGCUGUCGAGGUCGAUCGGGAUGGGCAUCGCAGUCAUACCCGCCGCUCGAUUGAGGAUGGCAUUCUCCCUCGUCCGGUAAUCGACAUCAUCUCUUUCCUUCACCAGCGCCUUUUCCCUCUCCUGAGCUUGAGCCAGCCCGUCCUCCUCGGCCUUCUCCCGCUCACGUUCCUCCUCGCGCAGAGCCUCGUCCACCCCGUUUUGCCCAUCUGA